UUCCAGCUGGACGCCGGUACCUGUUUCCAGGGAGCUCUAUCAUAGCUGCAUAAUUUCAAGGUACAGGACGGCACUGGAAAAGAAAAAAGUGACCUUUUCCAACAAGGCAUAAGCUGUUUUUCUCCAACUCAAAUCAUCCCCUGGAAUAAUUGGAUCACCUUUGGCUACCGGCAGACCUUUUGUCUUCUAUGAAUCAACAUGGAAAGGAAUCUUAAGAAUGUUUUGGUCAUUUCUUUCGGAUUUUUGCUUCUCUUUACUGCCUAUGGAGGACUCCAGAGUCUACAGAGCAGUCUCAACUCAGAAGAAGGCCUGGGUGUUGCUUCCCUGAGUGUUCUGUAUGCUGCACUCAUCCUAUCCUCCAUGUUCCUCCCUCCAAUCCUCAUCAAGAAGCUGGGCUGCAAGUGGACCAUUGCCAUCUCUAUGUGCUGCUACAUUGCCUUCUCCUUAGGGAACUUCUAUGCUAGCUGGUACACACUAAUCCCUACCUCUGUGAUCCUGGGCUUAGGAGGAGCACCACUCUGGUCUGCCAAAUGCACUUACCUCACCAUUGCUGGCACUUCGUAUGCUGAGAAAGCAGGAAAAAAUGCAAAAGACAUUAUCAACCAGUACUUUGGGGUCUUCUUUCUGGUGUUUCAGUCUUCUGGCAUCUGGGGAAAUCUUAUCUCAUCCUUGAUACUUAGCCAAUCUUCCACCAAAGUGAAUAUCUCAGAAGAAGACCUGCAAUGCUGUGGAGCAUACAACUGCCUGACUGAUACCACUAACACCACUGGCUCAACAAAGCCCUCCAACUCCUUAAUCUACACACUGCUUGGGGUCUAUACUGCUAGUGGUGUGCUAGCUGUGUUGCUGGUUAUUAUAUUUCUGGACCAGAUCAAAUCUGACCAAGCAGAGACUGAGAAAGAAAAACUAGAGGCACCAUCCUUUUGGUCUACGUUCCUAGCAACUUUCCGGCAUCUAAAAGAUAAAAGACAGUGUCUUCUAAUCCCUCUGACAAUGUACAGUGGGUUUGAACAGGGAUUUCUUUCUGGUGACUACACAAAGGUAUAUGUGACCUGUGCCCUGGGGAUACAGUACGUUGGCUACGUGAUGAUCUGCUUUGCAGCUGUAAAUUCCCUCUGCUCUCUGCUCUUCGGAAAGAUCUCCCAGUUCACGGGUAGAAAAUUUCUCUUUGCAUUAGCCACAGUCACGAAUACAGCCUGUAUAAUAGCACUACUGUUUUGGAAACCUCAUCCCAAGCAGCUUGCUGUGUUUUUUGUGUUCCCUGCUCUCUGGGGCCUAUCUGAUGCUGUUUGGCAAACCCAAACUAAUGGACUCUAUGGCAUUUUAUUUGAGAAACACAAGGAGGCUGCCUUUGCAAAUUACCGUCUCUGGGAAUCACUUGGAUUUGUCAUCGCCUUUGGUUACAGCACCAAGCUGCAAGCCUACAUCAAACUGUACAUUUUACUGUCUGUGCUUGUGCUGUCCAUGGUGACAUAUGGAGCUGUGGAAUACCUCGAGGCUAGGAGCUCCCCUGGGACACCUACUGCUGCAAAGAAGGAGAAUGGAGGACCCCACUCCCAGGAAACACACAUGUAAUCCAACAGGGUCAGAGUGAUGGAGGCAAAGCAAACUGGCCAGCUCCUUACAGGCGUGUCUCCAAGAGCAUUCCAGUGUGAACUGUAUCCAGGAAGAUGGUAAAGGAACAGAUUUCAAGGCUAUUAGAAUGCAAAUGUCUUAGGAGUAAAACCCUC